AUGAUACAAAAGAGAUUAUUUUCGGCUCUUCGAGCUCUUCAACAUGAUAAUCCCUUGGGUCUUCCGCGAUCCGGCACACCACCGUCAUUCCCGCGACGCCGGGGGUUACCAGAAAAGCGCAAGAUCCGUGAUGUCAAAAAAGUGAUUGCGGUAUCGUCCGCCAAGGGUGGUGUGGGCAAAUCUACCAUUGCAGCUCGCCGUGGGAUUCGUACAGGUAUCUUGGAUACUGAUAUCUUUGGGCCAUCGAUCCCAACUCUUCUCAACCUGUCCGGAGAACCGCGCUUAGACGAAAACAACUGCCUUGUCCCUCUGACUAACUAUGGCUUGAAAUCGAUGUCAAUGGGCUACCUGCUCCCACAGCCGAAAUCGGACCCAUCGCAACCUGCGGGCAACAUCCCCAUGGACACCACUCCCAUCUCAUGGCGUGGUCUGAUGGUCACCAAGGCCAUGCACCAGCUUCUCCAUUCGGUCUCCUGGGGCCCCCUGGAUGUGCUGGUCCUGGACCUGCCCCCAGGCACCGGUGACGUACAAUUAACAAUCGGACAAGAGGUCGUCGUAGACGGCGCCGUGAUAGUCACCACACCACAGGAUAUCGCUCUGCGCGACGCCGUCCGCGGCUUCGGCAUGUUCGACAAAAUGAACAUCCCCGUUCUCGGGAUGGUUCGCAACAUGGCUUACUUUGCCUGCCCGCAGUGCGGUCAUCAAACAAAGAUCUUCUCCCAUGGUGAGAGUCAUGACCAUGGCUCAGAGGACUGGGGUGUUGUUGCCGAGUGCAAGCGCCUCGGCGUCGAGUUCCUCGGGGAUAUCCCUCUCGACGCUAAAGUCUGCGAGGAUGCUGACCGCGGAGUGCCUACGGUCGUAUCGGAGGAGAGUGAUGACCGCAGCAUAAGGCGCAAGGCUUUCCUUGACGUUGCCGAAAAGGUUGCGCGGAAGAUUGGUCUGGAUUGGCAUUGA